AUGCCGACCGACCUAGAUAAUUCCUCUACAGCUUCAGGUGAAGCUAGCGUUUCUUCCUCUGGCAACCAAACUGCUCCUCCCAAACCCACCACCAAGAAAAAACGUAACUUGCCAGGAAUGCCAGAUCCAGAUGCAGAGGUGAUUGCUCUGUCUCCCAAGACCCUAUUGGCCACAAACCGUUUCGUUUGUGAAAUUUGCAACAAAGGGUUUCAGAGGGAUCAGAAUCUGCAGCUUCAUAGGCGUGGUCAUAAUCUGCCAUGGAAGCUGAGGCAGAGGUCGAGUAAAGAGGUGAAGAAGAGAGUCUAUGUCUGCCCAGAGCCCUCUUGUGUGCACCAUGACCCAUCAAGAGCUUUGGGUGAUCUCACUGGGAUAAAGAAACACUUUUGCAGAAAGCACGGCGAGAAGAAGUGGAAAUGCGAUAAGUGUUCCAAGAAAUAUGCGGUUCAGUCGGAUUGGAAAGCCCAUUCCAAGAUUUGUGGUACCAGAGAGUACAAAUGCGAUUGUGGGACUUUGUUUUCAAGGAGGGAUAGCUUCAUAACACAUAGGGCCUUCUGUGAUGCUUUGGCUGAGGAGAGCGCCAGAGGCCACACCCAAACUCCAACCCAGACUCAAACGGAAGUGAAUUUGAAUUCAGAAUCAGACCCAAAAGCUCAAAGUGCUAAUUCACCUCCACAGCCAACACCACAGCCACCGGUUCCUUCCCAAGCUACAACUUCAUCAGUCCCAUCUCAGUCAGCUGGUUUAUUAUCUUCACCUAUGCCUAGUACACAAAAUCCAGUGACAGAAUUGCCUGAAAAUCCCACACAAACUAUGGAAGAAGCACCAGCUGUGACUGGUCCGAAGGGGAACUGUAGCAGCAGCAGCAGCAACAGCUCAAGCAGCAAUGGUAGUACAAGCAGUAGUGUUUUUGCAAGUUUAUUUGCUUCCUCGACAGCAUCAGCAAGCUUGCAACCUCUUCAAACUCCUGCAUUUACUGACUUAGUUCGAGCCAUGGGGAAUCCAGAUAGUACAACUGACUUAGCACCAUCUUCUUCAGUAGAACCUAUCUCUCUUGGCCUCUCAACCAGCCAUGGAUCCUCACUUUUUGGGCCUGCAGGACAGGAGCGUAGGCAGUAUGCGCCUCCACCACAACCAGCUAUGUCAGCUACAGCACUGCUUCAGAAAGCUGCUCAAAUGGGAGCAGCAGCAACUAAUGCAUCGUUGCUUCGUGGGUUUGGCAUUAUGUCUUCCUCGUCAUCUUCUGCACAACAAGAGAGUUUGCAAUGGAGUCAGCGGCAAGCAGAACCAGAUAGUGCCUCAGUUGCUGCAGGGCUUGGACUUGCUCUUCCUUGUGAUGGAGGUUCAGGAUGGAAGGAACUAAUGAUGGGAAGUCCUUCCAUGUUCGGGCCUAAGCAAACCACACUCGAUCUUUUGGGAUUAGGAAUGGCCGCUGGUAAUAGCCCCAGUGGAGGCUUGUCAGCCCUAAUUACAUCUAUCGGUGGCGGCCUCGAUGUAGCCGCUGCAGCUGCAUCCUUUGGAGGCGGAGAAUAUAGUGGUAAAGACUUGGCAAGGGGCUCAUGA